AUGAUUUUUAGUGAAAGAAAAAUGUUUUUAUUUUUAUUUUUUAUUAUAAGUUCAGUGAUCGCAGAGAGUUCAUUGCCGGCUGAGUUUACAAGAUGUCGACAGAACGACGUCGCCAUCGACGAAUGCCUCAAGCACGCGGUGCCCGACGCGCUCAGGAAGAUGAAGAAAGGUGUAUCGGAACUGGCAGUACCUCCUCUGGAACCAUUAUCAGUGUCGGGUAUGAACAUUGAAGCUGGCGCCGGUCCCGUGGUCAUCGCCCAAAAUUACAAGAAUAUUCAGUUGCACGGACUAACUGAUACCGUCGUUACUAAUUACAAGGCAGACUUAAAGCACUAUCGACUACGGACGGAGUCACUGACACCUAAAAUGGAGUUUGUCGCAGACUAUGUCAUGAAGGGCAGAAUCCUAGUUCUACCCAUACAGGGAAAGGGCAUGGCUAAUGUUACUAUGGUAAACCUGGUAGUGAAGCACGACUUAAUAGGCGAACCAAUAGAGAGAGACGGGGAGACAUACAUGCGAAUUCGCGAUUACCGAGUAAAAUUUAUUCCGAAGAAAGUCCAUUUUCAUUUCACCAAUUUGUUCAAUGGCGACAAACGACUGGGCGAUCGGAUGAAUUUGUUCCUUAACGAAAAUUCAGAUUUGGUGUUCAAUGAAUUAAAGGAAGCCUAUGAAAAGAGUUUAAGUUCAGUUUUCCAAGAUGUCGCUAACAAAAUAUUUAAUGCUGUACCAAUGAACAAAAUAUUCCCUGAAGAAUAA